AUGGAGAACGUCCCAAAAUUACAGAAGAUACUCCAGAAUAUUAUAAAGUUGUUGGAUCCUGAUCCGAAAAAAAGACCUCUUAUAAUAUUUACUACUUUAAUUCUUAAAAAUUGGUCCCAUGAAGAUAAAUGCAUAGCAAAAUUUAAACAAUCUGAGAAAAAAAGAAGGAAACUGUUAGAAUCAAAGAAGAUUGGCCCUGAAUUUGCUGAAAAAUGUCACUCGGAGGCAAUUUAUAUAAGUAGACCGUUAAGUGCUUUAAUUUCUAAAUUAUCCACAAAUUUAUAUUCAACGAUUUCAUUUGACAAUAUAAAACAAGAUCGCAAUUAUAAUUAUGUUACUAAAGAAAAAGAGUUUGAUAUAGACAUUAAAAGGUUUUGA